AUGAAAAACCAGACUGAACCGGAAUCAAUUUAUUGUCGUUUUUCUCUUCUGCUGCCAGACGUGUGGAGGAUUGUCCUGCUGGGGAAGACUGGAUGUGGGAAGAGCAGCCUGGCCAACACCAUCCUGGGGACGGACGUUUUCGAAGUCAAGAACUUCACCAGCUCAGCGGUCACUCGCUGCCGGUCAGAGACCCGGCGGGAUCACGGCCGGAGCCUCGCUCUGGUCGACACGCCCGGCUUCUUUCACUCCGGGCUGUCCGAGAAGGAGCAGAGGCGCGAGGUGGAGAGGUGUACCUCAGAGUGCGCUCCCGGGCCCCACGCUUUUCUCAUCGUGCUCAAAGUGGAGAAAUUUACGGAGCAGGAGAGACAGGUCGUCAGAAUCAUCCAGGAUUGUUUCUCCGCAGAGGUUUUCAAGUAUUCCGCCGUCGUUUUCACGCACGGCGACCAGCUGGCGGAAGGCACGAAGAUCGAGGAGUUUGUUAGGAAAAACCAGCAACUGAAGGAUCUGGUGGAGAAGUGUGGAGGGAGGUGCCACGUCGUUGACAACAAGUACUGGGUAAACACGCAGGACAAGGUCAGAAACAACCGGGUCCAGGUGGAGCAGCUGCUCAGCACCAUUGACAACAUGGUGGCCCAAAACCACGGCGGCUGCUACAGCACAAAAAUGCUGCAAGACUGGAAGAAACAGAACCAACAACCCAUAAUCCACCGCUUAUUUCAGAGUGUCAUGAAAUAUGUGAGACCGAAGCCAGUGUUUAUUUUUAGUGUGAUCAUUUUUGGUAUAAUUAUGUGGAAAAGAUGGGGAGAACAUGCUGCAGAGAUCAAUAAGGAGCAGAUAAUUGGGUUGGAUUGAUUACAGGAUCUCAGUCCCACAGCAGCUCCAUCAUGAUUUGCUGCUCUGAAUGUUUCUCCAAGAGGAAAAAUCAACAUCUUUCGUCCCUCUGAACUUGUCGUCCCAUUUAUGACCUAAUAUCCACAAAAUAACGGAUCCCAUAAUCCGUAAUAUUACAUAAUUAUAACAAUGGCAUGUUAGUAAUGAAUUCAGUUGUUUGAUUCAGCUGCAGGUUGUUUUGUGGUGGAGCUUUCACUGUUUUAACUUUGUUCAAGUGUUACAUUUUUUCUAACACAUAACUGGACUCGCCGGCCCGGACGGCCGCAGCAACAGAAACACCGAAUGCGGCGCCACAACAAAGUGACGCCAUAUUUGAAAAACACAAUUAAAACCAAAAUAAACCUGUCACUUUUUUUGUAGCUGGAUUUUGUUUAAAUGAAGUAAAUUGAAUUCUGAAGUAUCGCUAUCCACAGAUGUUUCUGUUUUAGGGUUUAGCUCUUUUUGCAUUUCUGUUUUUUUCUUUUUCAAAUAUCACUUCAUACGUGAAGUUCUUGCCUUAUCAAAUCGCAUGUUUGCAGCAGCAUAAAUAUGUUAGAAUGUUGAACACAACAAUAAAGACGCUGCUUCCUACACAUA